AUGGCCAACCUCAAACAACUCCCAGCCUUCAAGAAGGCCCUCCACUUCUCUGAGGAGGAGUUACAGGGACGGCGGAACCGCGCGUUGGAAAUCAUGAAGCGAGAGAAGCUUGAUGGCUUCAUCAUGACCAAGCAAGAGUCUCUUUACUACUUCACUGGAUUCGACACCUUUGGUUACGUCUUUUUCCAGGCGAUGUACUUCCAUAACGAUGGUAGAAUGCGCUUAAUCACACGUCUCCCUGACCUCCGCCAGGCACUCUAUACUUCAGUCUUGAAGCGGGAAGAUAUUCUUAUCCGAAGCGACGCCGCCAGCAGCAACCCAGUUUCUUUGGUCCCUGAGGUGCUGAAAGAGUUUGGCAUCAACUCGCCAGCGAAAAGAAUCGGCUACGAACCUGACUCCUGCACUCUGAACCUUCGAAUCGGAAAGCUGCUUCUGGAAGCUGUAGAGGGUCUGUGCACCCUGGUUGACCACAGCAACUUGUUCGGCCAGGAGCUGCGCAUUAUCAAAUCUCCAACUGAGAUGAACAAAAUUCGCAAAGCCGCUUAUCUGGCUGACUUUGCUGUUGUCCGCGCUCUAAAGCUAGCAAAGCCUGGAGCCUAUGAGGGGGGCCUGUGGAGGGAAAUUGUAGGCACUGUUUAUGAAGGUGGUGGUGACGAUCCAGCAAACGAGAAUAUCCUUAUUUCUGGAAACAAAGGAGUCCUGACUCGAUAUUCCACCGGCAAAUCAAGAAUCGAACGACAGGUCACAUUGGAACAUGCUGGUGUAUACAAACACUACCAUGCCUGUUUAAUGCGAACCAUCCCAAUUGGCGGUAUUACAAAACUAGCCAGGCGUAUGCAUGAGGUCAACGUAUUGCAGAUGAAAGCUGCCAUGGAAGCUCUAAAGCCCGGGAGACCAAUUGGAAAGGUUGCUGAGGCUUACGCUCGGGUGGCUGAUGAGAAUGGUUUCCGUGAGCAGAGGUUUGAUGCAUGCGGGUAUAGCAUGGGUGCAACCUUUGCCCCCACAUGGAUGGACUACCCUAUGAAUGGUAUUCUUUAUUCACAUUAUUCUGUGGAUAUGGCCACCGAUACCGCCAGUUCUAUUGGACAGACAGUUGAGGUGACAGAUACUGGCUGCGUUCCACUCUCCAAGCUCCCAUUCUACCUCACACGAAAGCAAACAAUCGCCGCCUGGAAGAAAAUCCAAAAGAAGGACUAUGGGUUCACUGAGGAGGAAGAAGAUGAUGGCGAAAAUCUGCAGGAUGUCGAGCUUUCCGAUGGUGAUAUUGAUGCGGAGGAUUACGAUGUUGAAUAUGACUUUAGUACCUACCAGCCUGCCGCUUAA